CUCAGCGGAAAUGGAACCAUUCCUCUCUCGCCUCCUCUUCGGCUCCGCUCAGCGAGCACUUCUCACGAUGUGACGUUAUUUUGCCGAACAAACUAGCCUCGAAAAUGUUUUUUAUUUCAUAAACGCGCUUCGACUCUCUUUGUCGAGAUGAAACGCACGUGAAUGCACCUCGCAGUUAGCUUGGAGGCUAGCAAGCUAACUGGGUCUAAGGCCACCAAUGAAGUGUUGGUUAAAUUGACGAGUUUCUCAUUUUUAAAGUCGCGUUUUUGCUUGCGAAGAAUGGAAGGUGUACUUUACAAGUGGACCAACUACAUGACAGGAUGGCAGCCACGGUGGUUUGUUUUGGACAAUGGAAUAAUUUCAUAUUACGACUCCCAAGAUGAUGUCUGCAAAGGCAGCAAGGGCAGUAUAAAGAUGUCAGUGUGUGAAAUUAAAGUUCACCAGACCGAUAAUACGAGGCUGGAGCUCAUCAUACCAGGAGAGCAGCAUUUUUACGUGAAAGCAGUAAAUGCAGCUGAGAGACAGAAAUGGCUUGUGGCUCUGGGGAGCUCCAAGGCUGGGCUCAUCGACACAAGAACCAAAAAAGAGAGAGAACUAACAGAGACCACUGAGUCUUUGAAAACCAAGAUGUCAGAGCUGCGUCUCUACUGUGACUUACUAAUGCAACAGGUUCACACCAUUCAGGAGUCAGUGGAGCAGGAGGGAGACCACUCAGAGACAAGGAAUGAGGCUUCAUCUUUGCUGAGCGCCACUUGUAAUACCUUUAUUCAGACCUUGGAGGAAUGUAUGAAGAUUGCCAACUCAAAGUUCCAGACAGACAUGUUGCAGUCAAGUCCUUCAGACCCGUUAAUGUCCCCUGUUUCCCCCUCUCCCAUCCAAAUGGCGAGGAUGAAGCGGUCAAUUAGCCAUCCAGGCACGUAUAGUUAUGACAGGUCAAGUGUGCCGAAAGAGUGCAUGACAGUACAGAGGUCGUCACAGAGACGCACACGGACAUGCUCAGAUACAGAGGCUCUUAGUGACGGUGGUACAGAGGAGAUGGAGCGUCUUGUGCUGUUCCCCAAAGCCAGCCUAAACGGUGACGCUGCGACAGUCAUCCCUGAAGAGAUCAGUACGUGCACCCGCUUUGGAUCGGAAACGGACACUCCAGAGUCAGACCUGUCGCUUUGAGCUUGGCGAGCAAAUUUUUUAGGGGUAGAAAACCUGAAGGAAUACUGCUGUGCAGCUACUGUUCGCAGCGUGCAUUAUUGGUGUUUUAGGAAGUAUUAUUUCUUCAAUGAAGCAUUUCGUUGCACUUUAAUAAUGAGAAAAUUGCAGAAAAACACGUCCAAUCUGAAUGUUUGUAUUCUUCCAGGUAUUUUAAAUUGCUCUUUGUUUGCCAAAAUGUUGUUUUUGGUUUGUGAUACAUGAUUCAUUGCCAUAGCCCUUCAGUGAAGAGUAUAGAAAUUCACUUUGGAUUUCAUAGGUGAUGUGUAGCCUACUUUUGUUUUGUGCAGAGAACCUUGAUGAAAAGGUUUUUGUUACAGUGCCAAGGAACUGUGUGUACUGACAUUUAACUUUGCUUUUUUCUUGCUUUGUCGCUCACUUGGCAUGCUCCAGUGUUCACUAGUUUAUUAUGCAAAUACACACUUUAUUUAUUUUCAAAAGUUGCCAGACUACUUUUCCUGUCACAUCCCCCUCCAUAAAUGAUUUUUGCCUUAAAAUUGAAUCUUCGCAUGGAGGAAUUUGAUGUACUUAUAAAUGUAAUGUGAAAAAGAUGCAGUAAAAGAUAUAGGAUGAUU